AAAAUUCAUUAAAUUAAUUAAUUAAUUAUUGUUUAAAGUAGUUAUUUGCACGUAAGUUUUGGUUUCAGUUUCCAUUUUUUGGUCUCAUAAAACACGUUCAACUUCCCUUGAGGUUCUCAGUUUUUCCAAGUUCUACAACAACCUCCAAUCCUAUAUUCAUUCAGGUUCUGUUAGUUUUCGAUCAUCCACAUUGACAUUGAUGAUAAAAGGGCUGGAUCAGGCAUGGCGUUAGGGAAUAAAGACAGGAAAAAGAAGAGUUUCAUUCAGAAGAUUUUUUCUAGAGAGAGAGACGGAAGGAAACUGAUGAAAAGAAUGGAUGAUUCUGUUGAUCAAUCAGAUUCUGAAAGUCUGUGUCCUAGCAGUACCGGGGCAUCGAUGAUAUCCCGUCAACAUGUUCAGUCCUACAAAGUUUUUGUAGCAACAUGGAAUGCAGGAGGAAUAUCUCCUCACAGUGGCCUUAAUUUGGAUGAUUUUCUUCAAGUUGAUAAUCUAUCAGACAUUUAUGUCUUGGGUUUUCAGGAGAUUGUUCCUUUGAAUGCUGGCAAUGUUCUAGUGAUAGAAGAUAACGAACCUGCAGCAAAAUGGUUGUCUUUGGUCAAUCAGUCUUUGAACAAACCGUCCAAAGUUGCUCCAAGGCGAACAACCACAGGCAGCGGGGCACUGUUCUUUGCUAAGCCUUCUCUUAGAAAGAUCAGUAAAACUUUCAGGACAGAAAGCAAAAGAAAAUUGAAGUCAUGUAAUUGCGCAGCUGAAUUGGAAAGGAAGCAUAGCAUGGACUUUUGUUGUCCGCUCCAACAACCAAGUUUAAGUGAAGUGGACUUCUCUUCUGAAGAGGACGAUGAAGAUUCUUUGGCUAAUUCCUUUUCCAAUCGAAACCACAUGAAGUACAGCCUUGUAGCAAGUAAGCAAAUGGUGGGAAUUUUUGUUACUAUUUGGAUGAGGACAGAGCUUGUUCAAUAUGUUAGUCACUUGAGAAUUUGCUGCAUUAGUCGGGGGAUCAUGGGCUGUCUCGGUAACAAGGGUUGUAUAUCUGUGAGCUUUCAAUUCCAUCAGACAAGCUUUUGUUUUGUCUGCAGUCACUUGGCAUCUGGAGAGAAAGAAGGGGAUGAACUUAGAAGAAACCUUGACGUCAUAGAAAUACUUAAAAACACUCAAUUUCCCAGGAUUUGCAGAUCUCCAUAUAGUAGAAUACCUGAGAAAAUUCUUGAUCAUGAUCGGAUCAUAUGGCUUGGGGACCUGAACUACCGGAUUUCCUUGAGCUACUCUGACACCCGGAAACUUCUAGAGGCCAAAAACUGGGAUGCUCUCUUUCACAGUGAUCAGCUCAAUAUUGAAAGAGAAGCAGGGAGAGUAUUUAAGGGAUGGAAAGAGGGAAAGAUCUACUUUGCACCUACAUAUAAGUACUCUUAUAAUUCAGACUCUUAUGCUGGAGAAGUUCAUGAAUCAAAAAGCAAAAGGAGAACUCCAGCUUGGUGUGAUAGAGUACUGUGGCAUGGAAAUGGGAUCCAACAACUCUUUUACUGGCGUGGGGAGUCCCGGUUUUCUGAUCACCGCCCUGUUUUGGCAGCAUUUUUGGUGGAUGUUGUGACUAAUGGGAUUGGGAGUGGGUCCAAGAGGGGGUCAUCUAGUUCUAAUAUGAAAAUUGACAUUGAAGAGCUUUUACCUACCAAGUAGUACCAUCUUCUACAAUCACUGCAAGUACUGAGAUGCUAACCAGUCAUUUUGAGUAAGAAGAGAUACCCAAGUUUUGCUGAUUAUGUAAGAAGUAAAGCAUUAUGCAUCACAAGCUGUAAAUAGCUUCAGGAAAGAUGUGACCAAAAAGAUUGUCACAAGAUGUAAUUUUCGCAAUGCGCAUUGCAGUUCUUGCUUCAUAAUGGAAUGUUCCAAGAGAUAGUGAUUCUGACUGAAAAUGAGUCGACCGUUGGAGAGUGCAAGGUCUUUCCCAAAACUUAGAUCUGAUUAGAAUCUGGUGUCUGAAUCUAAUUUGAUUAGAAUGUUUGUCAACUAAGAAAAUCUUGUAGAACUUUACAUUUUCUCUUUGUCUUCACUAAGAUAAUUAGAUCAGAGAGAGUAUGGUUAGGAUCUAAAAUCUAAUUUCUUGUCUUUAGUUGAUUUAGCUUUAUAGCUCCAUUUGUAACCUAGUUUGAUCUUCGAUCUGUUUCCAGUAAAAGUCAAAGAUGUGAAAAGGGAAGAAGGAAGUUUGAAAUUUUGUUUUUAAUUUUUUAAUGAUUCGAAUCAAACAGAUUGUGGUUGUUGUUGAAAGUAAGAAACACAGAAGGUGAUCAAGUUUCAAAUCAUUA